UGUUAGAAUAUGGCAGACUUACAACUCAACGAAGGCCUUAUCGAGUCAAACUACGACGAAGUCGUCGACUCUUUCGACAACAUGGACCUCAAGCCUGAACUUUUGAGAGGUAUCUACGCUUACGGUUUCGAACGUCCUUCCGCUAUCCAACAGCGUGCUAUCAUGCCAGUCGUAAAGCAGAACGAUGUUAUCGCCCAAGCUCAAUCUGGUACCGGUAAGACCGCUACCUUCACCGUCUCUAUCUUGCAAAGAAUCGACACUUCAAUCAAGGGUACACAAGCACUCAUCGUCGCACCAACCCGUGAACUUGCUCAACAAAUCCACAAGGUUGUCGUUGCUUUGGGUGACUACAUGGGUGUCUCCUGUCACGCUUGUGUCGGUGGUACCAACGUUCGUGAAGACAUGGCUAAGCUCCAAGACGGUGUCCACGUCGUCGUCGGUACCCCAGGUCGUGUUUACGAUAUGUUGAACAGAGGUGUUCUCAGCACCAACCACAUGAAACUCUUCUGUCUUGACGAAGCUGAUGAAAUGUUGUCACGUGGUUUCAAGGAACAAAUCUACGAAGUUUUCCAACUUCUCCCAGGUGAAACUCAAGUCGCACUCUUCUCAGCUACUAUGCCAGCUGAUGUUUUGGACGUCUCCAAGAAGUUCAUGCGUGACCCAAUUAGAAUUCUCGUUAAGCGUGAUGAAUUGACCUUGGAAGGUAUCAAGCAAUUCUACAUCAACGUCGACAAGGAUGAGUGGAAGUUAGACACUUUAGCUGACUUGUACGAGACUGUCACCAUCACCCAAGCUGUCAUCUUCUGUAACUCACGUCGUCGUGUCGAUUGGUUGACUGAGCAAUUGUCCGCUAGAGACUUUACUGUCUCUGCUAUGCACGGUGAUAUGGACCAAAACCAACGUGAAACUAUCAUGAAGGAAUUCAGAUCAGGUUCUUCAAGAGUUUUGAUCACCACCGAUUUGUUAGCUAGAGGUAUUGACGUUCAACAAGUUUCACUUGUCAUUAACUACGAUUUACCUGCUUCACGUGAAAACUACAUUCACAGAAUCGGUAGAGGUGGUAGAUUCGGUAGAAAGGGUGUUGCCAUCAACUUUGUCACAGAAGAUGAUGUCAAGAUGUUACGUGAAAUUGAGCAAUUCUACUCAACUCAAAUUGAUGAAAUGCCAUUGAACGUUGCUGACCUCAUUUAAAAUUGAUUACAGUGUAUUAGGUUAAUAUUUGGUUAUUAUGGUAUUGAGUUUUUCUUACUAGAUGCUCGAUAAUUGUAAAUUUCUGCAUUUCUUU